AUGUCUUCUGAUGAUGAGUCUUCAGUCAAAAAGCCUCGUUCAAGAGAUGAAUCAAAAUGUAUUUCGUGCGACAAACAUAUAAGAAAAUUGAGUGGAUCCCAUUUGUAUAUUGAUAGUCGGGAAAAAGCUUUGGAUUUUAAUAAAAAGUAUGGACAAUUGGUCCUUGUGGAUGAUACAGUAUGUUCCAAGUGUUACGCAAAAUUGCGAAUUUCGAAAUCUUCAAAAAAUACUGACAACGAGAAGUAUAAAGCUCAAAAAUCUGGAGAUUCGUCAGAGUCGACGGCAACUUCUUCAGCAGAUGUUUUAGGUGAAAAUACUGUUCAAGAAGAUGAAUCUGAGUCUCAAAUUGAAGAACAGACGUCAAGAAUUUCACUGGAAAAUACUCAAGAAAGUAACACAGAGAGUAAUACACCUUCAUGGGAUACAAAGCUUGGAGAAAGUAAAAGUAGUCAAGAUACAACUACAGAUUAUAGUCAAACAUCAGAUUCUUCCGGAACAGAUCCAACAUAUGUGCUUAUUAAUACUAUUGAAGUUGAAUUGGCAGUCAUGCCUUUUCCAAGGACAAUUAUAUCUCACCAGUAUUGUUUUAUGUGUAAAGAAACUAAGGAUCUUCAAGACGUACCAUUCGAUGCCCGAAUAUACGUGUUCACAAAAAGGAGAAUAUUCAUUCCAAGGAGAAACAGAUGUUGUAAGAAGCAUUUAAUUAAAAAACGAUUUUAUAAUGAAGAUUUGUCAAUUAUAACCUGUGCUAGCAGUGAAUGUGAAAUUGAAUCCAAAGAAUUGCCCAGAUUCCUUGAAGCCUUAUCAGAUUCAAGUAAUUCUAGUCUGCAUGAUAAAAUUGGUGAGUACGCAAUUUCUGAGGAAAGAAUAAAAGCAUUAACAGGUUAUACGUGGAAAAACAUAAUUACUCUUAAGGAAAUGAUGAUAACUAUGCGUAGUUCAGGUAAUCGAAACGUUACACAAGCUCUAGUCAUAUUUUUAAUUAAAUUAAGAACUGGUAACUCGGAUCUUUGUAUAUCUGCUAUACUGGAAAUUGAAGAAAAAGUAGUGCAACAAUCAAUUAGUGCUGUUUUAAAAUGUUUUGAAGAAGAAGUAUUACCCAAAAAUUUUGGAUAUGGGGCUUAUUCGAGAGAGUUCUUGUUGACCCAAACCUCACCAAUAGCUAAAAUAUUAUUUAAUUUAGGAGAUAGACUGGGUUUAGUAUGUGAUGGUACGUAUUUACGGCAUCAAAAAAGCAGUAACAAUAUGUACCAAAGGAAAUCCUAUUCUGGGCAGAAGAAAACAGCACUAUGUAAACCUUUUACAAUAACAACUACAAAUGGCUUUACAGUUUAUGUCGAAGGACCAUACAAUGCUAACCUCAAUGAUGCUGCAAUUUUAAAAGAAAUUUUGUGCUCUGCUGGUGGUCUUAACAACAUUUUAGAAAAAGGAGAUUAUUUCAUUUUAGAUAGAGGUUUUCGUGACGUGGUUCCAUUCCUGACGAGUAAAGGUUUCAAUGUACUUAUGCCAGCUUUAAAAGGAAAGCGAAAUCAAUUGACGGUUGAAGAAUCAAAUCAAUCGCGAUUGGUGACCAAAAUUAGAUGGGUUGUCGAAGCUGUUCAUGGGAUAGUAGGGCAAAAAUGCAAACUUCUUCAUAAUCAAUUUCAUAAUGCCAGGUUGCCCAAUGCUGGAUUGUACUGUCGAAUUGCAUGCUUUCUCGUUAACUUAUUUUGUAAACGACUUAAUUCAGAUGUUGGCAAAAGUGAUUUGAUAAUUGCUAGAAUUCUUAAAAUGAUCAAUGUUAAAAAUACUCUAGCAGAGUUUGUUGAAGAGAACAACUGGAAUAAAAAAGUUAAACCUUUCAAAAUAAUUUCGUCAAACGAUUUGCUAGAUUUUCCAGAACUGACUGUAGAUGAGCUACAAAUUCUUUUUACGGGUACAUAUCAAUUAUCUCAAGCUAUUUGUUACUUAGCGGAAAUGUUGGGCGAGAAUGAAUCUUUAAAUCUGAAGUGUUCUAUAGAAGAAAAUUGUAUCAUUAGAUUUGAAGUCAAAUCAAGACACAUCAAUAGUAAGACGUACAAGGCCUAUGUAGAAUACGAACCUCAAACUUAUGGCAUAAAAGGUAUCAAAAGAUAUUGUUGUAAUUGUUCUAACGGCAACAGGACCGUUGGCUGUUGUUCACAUGUGGCAUCUAUUAUUUAUUACUUGGCUCAUGCCCGAUAUUUAUCACGCAUCCCGAAACCAGCAGAACAACUAACUAAGUUGUUUGAUGUUAAUAGUACAGUUCCUGUCAUCGAUGAAGACAGUGAUGAGGACUAA